AUGACGUGGCUAGGCGAGCCGGAACCGCCCAUUGAUCUGGAGUUUGAGGGCAUCGCACCGCCGGAGGGCGUUGAUCUGCCCAAAGGCGACAAAUUGUUGGGCCUUUGCGAGAGAGGAAAUCCUCGAGGCUUUAUUGAAUAUCCGGCGGAGUCGCCCGUCUUCUUCAUCAAGCACGGCUUGGCGGUCUACUGGAAUGAGGUACUCGCCCAGGAUAUGGCGUACCGCGAGCUUCGAAAACUCGGCUCCUCCGUGCGCGUGCCCGGCAUCUUAUACGCUUGCCGGACCAUGCAGAGGGCCGUGAUCGUCAUGGAGUAUAUUCAAGGCAAAACAGUCGAACAACUUUUGGAAGAGUGCAAGGACGAUGAAGCAGAGGCAGAGAGGGUGCGAGGAAUCGUCGUGCACUGCCUCAACGACCUCAUCCGCAUACCCGUUGCCGCUGGAUCGCGGCCGGCUGCCAUCGACGGCGGCCGUAUCCGCCACGACGUCUUUGACUGCCGUCAGGCAUCGAGACACUACGAAAAUGUUAAUCAGCUUGAGGAACACAUCAACUAUCCUCUGGUCAAAGACUUGGAACGAGAGCCCAUGAUCUUCUUGCAGGACGACUGGUUUCCGGCCAACUUCAUGCGCGACGCCGACGGCCACCCUGUCGCCAUCGACUUCUCUGAAACCAGUAUCCUGCCUUCCAGUUUUGCAAAAUUCUUGCUCUGGGACAACAGGUUCGGCAUCACCAUCAGGGGGCGAGUCGACAUUCCCGUCACAGAAGGUGUAGACAACACGAUGGCAUUGCUCCACAUUUCCGGCUUGAUUAAUAUGGGCGCAGGUUCGUUCGCUCGGUUUGGCUACCGCGUGGCCGGCGGUGAUCGUGAGACACAGGUGAGGAUGAAUGAAUCCAUUCGGACUGCAGCGAGCAAUGCGGUGGACGCAGAAGCCGGUACAACUACCGUUGCAUCGAUCGGGAGCUCUUCGACAUGA